AUGGGGAAUGACAACUUUCUAAACGUAUACAAGGGCCCGGACUCGGUUCGACAGUAUUUCGACCCAGAGUCAUCACCGCCGAUACCCCUGGUUGAGAUACCAGAUUGUCUUAACCCAUACCGUCAGGAUGGCAUCCGCAUCUAUGCAAAGAUGAUGUCUAUGCAUCCUGCAAACAAUGUCAAAUCCAUGCCCGCGUUGAACCUUCUUCAAAAUAGUGUCGUGCCAGAAAAGACCAAGACGAUUGUUGAGUAUAGCUCUGGCUCAACGGUGCUCUCUAUGUCUUUGAUAGCUCGAGCAUUUUACGGUUUGCCAGAUGUUCGAGCUUUCCUAAGUAACAAGACUAGUCUUGCCAAGAUUCGUCUGAUGCAGCUGUUUGGCAUUAACAUCACGUUAUUUGGCGGUCCCUCACAACCUGAGCCGCUUGAUGAGCGUGGUGGCAUUCGAGCUGCCCAGAGACUAGCCCAAGAGUCUGACUCGGCGACUAUUAACCCUAAUCAAUAUGAGAAUGAUAAUAAUUGGAAGUCCCAUGUUAAAUGGACCGGGCCUCAAAUAUUGAGGCAGUUGCCAGAAAUUAACAUCAUAUGUGCAGGCAUGGGUACCUCAGGUACCAUGACGGGUCUGGGCACAUACUUUAAAGAAGCAAAACCUAGCGUUUUCAGACUCGGUGUCUGUACCGCCGCUGGCGACCGCGUCCCAGGACCUCGAUCAUAUGCUCUUCUUGCGCCAGUGGAAUUCCCCUGGAAAGCAGCUGUUGACCAUAUCGAAGAGGUCGGAUCACACGACUCAUAUUCUAUCUCACUCGACUUAAUUAGAGAGGGACUCGUUUGUGGGCCAUCAUCUGGUUUCAACCUAAAGGGUCUAUUCCAAUUCAUUGAGAAACGAAAGGCAGAAGGGAACCUCUCUCAACUCGCUGGCUCGGAUGACGAGAUUCACUGCGCCUUUUUGUGCUGCGACCUGCCCUACCAAUACGUCAAUGAGUACUUUGACAAGCUGGGAGAGUCAUUCUUCCCAUCCAUAAAGAACGAGGAACUCCUCGGUGUGGAUGUCUACCGAUACGACGAAGCAUGGGAACGAGACGCUGCCGAUGCGCUCAGUGCCUUCUUUGGUGUCAGCAAAGCCGUGAGCGGUGACAUUCUCCUGUCAACCAGCACCGCUCGGCCCAAGUCCGAAACUGCCAUUAUCGACCUGCGGCAGGCUGAGGACUUUGAAGAAUUCCAUGUCCCUGGAUCGACCAAUAUACCGUUUGUACAGGCCGACCAACCGAGUCCUUUCUCUGAUCCUGCCGUUCUGAAAGCGCUGUGGACGAGACUUGAAGAGACGUUCAAAGUCCCCAACCAAGAUAUCCAGUCUCUCAUUCGUGGCAAGCGUACAUUGAUCUUGUGCUAUGACGGUGAUAGCUCUCGUGUGGCGAACAGCGUUCUUAGAGCAAAGGGUUAUGAAACGGAUAGUGUCAGGGGAGGAUUCAAGGUUCUUCACCAAAUGAGGGACGAGACGAAGCGCUCGCUUGCCAGUGCGACUCAACAGAAGGAUCAGCUGUGGUUGAGGUUGAGUACGGAGGUGGAGGGUAUUAAGCCAACACAGUCAAGUCAAAUUGCAGUAUCUGUUCAGCCGUUGGGAUCUGCUUCUGGUUAA